GGGCGGGCGGGGCGGGGCGCGGCGCGGCGGCGGCGGCGCGGAGACGGGCGCGGGCUGAGGGCGCGGGCCGACGGGCGCACCGACCAUGGCCUCCAAGUGCCCCAAGUGCGACAAGACCGUGUAUUUCGCUGAGAAGGUGAGCUCUCUGGGCAAGGACUGGCACAAGUUCUGUCUCAAGUGUGAGCGCUGCAGCAAGACGCUGACCCCUGGGGGCCAUGCCGAGCAUGACGGGAAGCCGUUCUGUCACAAACCCUGCUAUGCCACGCUCUUUGGACCCAAAGGUGUGAACAUCGGGGGCGCCGGCUCCUACAUCUACGAGAAGCCUCCUGCCGAGGGACCUCAGGUCACAGGCCCCGUCCAGGUGCCCGUGGCCCGGGCUGAGGAGCGCAAGGCCGGCGGCCCGCCCAAGGGGCCCAGCAGAGCCUCCAGCGUCACCACCUUCACGGGGGAGCCCAACGUGUGUCCCGGCUGCAACAAGAGGGUCUACUUUGCCGAGAAGGUGACCUCUCUGGGCAAGGACUGGCACCGCCCGUGCCUGCGCUGUGGGCGCUGUGGGAAGACGCUGACUCCGGGCGGGCACGCGGAGCACGACGGCCAGCCCUACUGCCACAAGCCCUGCUACGGGAUUCUCUUCGGACCCAAGGGAGUGAACACCGGGGCGGUGGGCAGCUACAUCUACGACAGAGAUCCAGAGGGCAAAGUCCAACCCUAGAGCCGCAGCCCCUCUGGGGGUCGUGUGCCCAUCCGCCUCCUGAGCGUCCUCCGCAACCAGCUGCCCCGUGCUGCCCGGCCUGUCCUGCCUUGCAAGUCUGGGGCCUGAGUGUCAUGGGGGAGGAGACCCGCUGCGCUGUCCGCAGACGAGGCCUGCCUGCCCAUCCCCAUUUCUCCCGCUGUGUCUGCCUUUGUACCCACCCCCACCCAUGCCCUUUAUGCUCUUUUAUGUCCUCAUGGACCCACAUGUCCCCGUGUGUCUCUCGUAUGUGUGCCUCUGUGGCCCCGGGUGGGUCUCUCUGAGGCAGCCAUCCCACUCUCCCCCUCCUGCUGCCCCAGGCCCGCCCCCCCGGUGUUAUUUCCGCUUCCCUUGCCGGUGAUGGCCACAGCCACGCUCUUCACGGUGACCUUCGGGCAGACCUAGGGCGUCCCUGCCAGGAGCCCUCCGCUUGCCUCCCACACGGCCUUGCAAGCGCUUGUCUGACACCCUCACACGGCUCCCACUUACCUGCUGAGCCCGGCUGUCAAUAAAAGAUUUGAGGAUGGGGGC